AUUUCAUUCGUGCAAUUUGAUGAAUUUCUUAAUUUUAAUUAAAUCGGAUAUAACUUAAAACGAAAUGGGGAGAAGAGAAACAAUGAAGAAAGAAGCAUAUAUCAAGAGCAAAAAUAUGAUUAUAACUCCUCGCUCGAAAGAUGAGGUGGGAGUAAGAGAAAUGGAACGUGCUACUGCAAGUGAGGAAUAUUUACACAACGCAUCGACAAACAUGAAUGAUUUGACUCUGCUCGAAAAUGAUAAGAAGAUGGUAACCUCUAUCAGACAAAAACAUACGAAUAAAGAAUUGCCUGAUAUCAAUCGCCUUUCACUUAGCAAUAGUUGGGGUUCGGAAUCAUUCCAGAGCUACUCGAGGCAAAGUUCUAUUCCAUCGUCAAGUAGAAGUCGUCCAACAUCAUCAGCAACAUCGUAUCGAACGCUAAAGUCAAGCAGAAAGGGCAUGUCUCCCUCGAUGAAUGGAUCUACGAGGUCGACAUCUAGAAGAUCAAGGAGUACCCCGAGUCCGAUGUCCUCUGCUGAUUUGGGAGAAUGCUUUUCAAAAGUAAGUCUCAAUUCAAGAGCGAGCCAAGCAACCCGGAGUCAAUGUUCUGAAAUAUCAGCAUUCCUGCAUCCGACCAAGAUGAAAAGAAAAAAGGACUUUGAGGGUGUGUUUUAUGAAAAGGAUCGACCAUUUGACCAGUGGAUGGAAUUGAGUCCUACAAAGUAUGUGUUCAAUCAUAAAUUGGGCAUUCGAUACGUCGCAAGAAAGAAAGCAAACAAGCCAAAACCAAAAGUUGAUGAAAAGCCAUAUAUUUGGGAGAAUGAAUUGAAAAUAUGGAUGUUCGAAAAACAAAAAGAGAAUCAAAAUCUAAUGAAGAGGUUGAGGAAAAGUGAAAUCCAAAGGGUACAACCGAAAGGGCAAACUCCACUACUUGAAGAGAAAUACAAAGAUUUAGUGCUGCGGUACGAGGCAGACAUGGAAGAGAAAAAUCGAAGAGAGAAGGCAACAAUUACAAUACAGAAGUGGUUGAAAGGAACUGCAGUCAGAAAUACGAUCAAGUCUUUAAAAAGACAGGUUGUACUACAACAUGCUUCGUCAUGGAGAAGAUUCGUGAAGGAAUAUAAGGAUAUGAUUGGACGAGUAAAGACGCGAUAUGGCCUAGAAGUAUCAGAUACACCUUUUGAAUUUAAGCAGAUUCAAGAAUUCUUGAAUAAGAAAAGAGAAUAUGAUGCGAUAUUCGAGGAGUUACAGACUGGUGGGAAACUAAACAGGCGGGAAAUGAUGUUGUUUUUCCAAAAAUGUGGUCUGCAUGUCACUUUGGAACAACUGAAUGCAGCGUUUAAUAAAAUAUUUAAAGGCAAAGGAAACAAGAUUGAGUUUGUAUUCGUUCUGGACUGUUCUGCAAGUGUGGGCAAAUGGAAUUUCAAAACCCAGACCCUGUUUCUACAAGGCCUUAUACGGACAAUGUUUUUAUCACCAGAGGGCGUAAGAGCUGCUGUGGUCCCAUAUAACGAUGAUGUGUAUGACGUCAUUGAUCUUGGGGCAUAUCCAGAAAGAGAACAAAUGGCAAACGCUAUAGAAUCAAAAAUAAGAUAUACGUUGGGGAAAACUAGAACAGAUUUAGCUCUAAAAGAAAUGAGACGACAACUAAUGAUUUCCCGACCGGGGGCUGAAAUGUAUGGCGUCGUUAUAACCGAUGGGCAGUCAAACCAUCCAAAGCUCACAGCUCUUGAAGCAUCGAGAGCUAAAAAAGAGGGAAUACACAUGUUUGCAGUAGGAGUAGGGCGUAAUGUGGACGAGCAGGAACUGAAAAGUAUCGCUACUGACAACGACAGUAUGUUUACGAUUUAUGACUACAAUGCACUGCCCUCGAUCAGGACUGCUCUCACAAGAACAACGUGUUCUGGUAACACUGGCGUUUGUCAUUGUGAAGUGCCUCAUUCUGUCAUGGACGCUGGAAGAGGCCUGUUUAAAUCAGAAGUCAUGGAUGUGCUUUUGACAAUAUUUCCACCAGAUGCGUGUAAUAUUCCGAAAGAACUAAGCCUUUUAACACCAACACCAGAUUACUAUGACUAGCAAAGAAAUGAGGAAAACAAUAAGAGAAUUCAGACGUGCAAAUGAACUUAAAGCAAUAAAAUGUAAAAUCAAUAAAUCUACUUAAUAUCCAUUUCAUCAUGGACAUCUAUCCCCGGAUAUACACACAUUGAAAUGAAUUUUUA